AUGUCUGGCCCUCGAGCGUCUGCUUGGUUCUUGCGGAUGCAGGCGGCCAUGAUUGAGGACCGCCAGUCGAAGACGCUGCUGGCUGACGAGACUGUGCAGUGGCUGCGGGCGCAUCGGCAGCGGCAGUGGCAGAAGGUGGCGGCAGACUUCAACAAGCGUCUGGACGAAGCGAAUGAGCGCGCGGACGCAUCAAUCGCAGCGUGGCUCGCGGCUCACAAGGAGCGCGUCGCGCUUGGGCCUUGGCAUGACGACCGACGGCGUGGCGCGUGGCUGCUGAUUCUCGCCGCGCUGCUCCCGCUGGCAUGUGCACCAUCAGCCUACACGUCUGGCUCGGGCGAGUCUGGCUCUGGGGAGAUUGGCUCUGGCGAGGUUGACAUCGAUCCGUCGCCAUCUCCCGAGCCGUCGCCAGCUCCAUCGCCCGAGCCGUCACCGUUUCCCGAAUUUCCCGAGCCGUCGCCCGAGCCUGAGCCGUCGCCGUCUCCCGAAUUUCCCGAGCCGUCGCCCGAGCCUGAGCCGUCGCCGUCUCCCGAAUUUCCCGAGCCGUCGCCGCCGCCGUACCCUCCGGCCAAGGCGCCGGUCCCGCCGCCGCCGCCGCCGUCCCUUCCGCCGCCGUCCCCGCCGCCGUCGCCGCCGCCGCCGUCCGCGUCGGGCGAGACUGGCUCUGGGGAGAUUGGCUCUGGCGAGGUUGACUCACCGCCGUCCGCUCCAUCAAUCGACUUCCAGGUCACUGUGGGUGGCGGCAGCUACCCGUCCGAGGUGUCGUGGGACCUGACGUGCAGCGGCGCGUUGAUCGGCAGUGGAGGGGCCCCCUACUUUGGCACCCUGUCCGCGCCGCCCGGCGAGUGCACGCUCAACAUGUACGACUCGUGGGGCGACGGCUGGAACGGCGACGAGUGGGAGGCCGCCGAUGCCGCCGCCACCGCCGCCGCCGCCGCCGCCCUCGCCGCCGCCCUCGCCUCCGCCGCCCUCGCGUCGCCGUCGCCGCCGCCCUCGCCGCCGCUCGUCUGCCCGUGCCUCACCGCCUACCCGGCCGGCGUCAACCUCGUGAGCGCCGAGGUGCAUGUCGUCGCGGCGGACGGCGUGAGCCUCGCGUACCCCGGCACGUACUGCCUCCACGGGUGCGACCCGCACGACAGCAGGCUCGAGCCGUCCUGCGACUCGACCUGCUACCCCGGCUGGUGCGAGCACGAGUGGUGCUACGUCGACCCGGCCGCGUGCCACACCGAGUACAGCACGACCGCGUACGUGGUGGGCGCCACCCCGCACUACUUGUGCCCCGCCGAUGCCGCCGCCACCGCCGCCGCCGCCGCCCUCGGCGCCGCCCUCGCCGCCGGCCUCGCCUCCGCCGCCCUCGCGUCGCCGUCGCCGCCGCCCUCGCCGCCGCUCGUCUGCCCGUGCCUCACCGCCUACCCGGCCGGCGUCAACCUCGUGAGCGCCGAGGUGCAUGUCGUCGCGGCGGACGGCGUGAGCCUCGCGUACCCCGGCACGUACUGCCUCCACGGGUGCGACCCGCACGACAGCAGGCUCGAGCCGUCCUGCGACUCGACCUGCUACCCCGGCUGGUGCGAGCACGAGUGGUGCUACGUCGACCCGGCCGCGUGCAACGCCGAGUACAGCACGACCGCGUACGUGGUGGGCGCCACCCCGCACUACUUGUGCCCCGCCGAUGCCGCCGCCGCCGCCGCCGCCGCCGCCCUCGCCGCCGCCCUCGCCUCCGCCGCCCUCGCGUCGCCGUCGCCGCCGCCCUCGCCGCCGCUCGUCUGCCCGUGCCUCAUGCCGUGCCUCACCGCCUACCCGGCCGGCGUCAGCCUCGUGAGCGCCGAGGUGCAUGUCGUCGCGGCGGACGGCGUGAGCCUCGCGUACCCCGGCACGUACUGCCUCCACGGGUGCGACCCGCACGACAGCAGGCUCGAGCCGUCCUGCGACUCGACCUGCUACCCCGGCUGGUGCGAGAACGAGUGGUGCUACGUCGACCCGGCCGCGUGCAACACCGAGUACAGCACGACCGCGUACGUGGUGGGCGCCACCCCGCACUACUUGUGCCCCGCCGAUGCCGCCGCCACCGCCGCCGCCGCCGCCGCCCUUGCCGCCGCCCUCGCCUCCGCCGCCCUCGCGUCGCCGUCGCCGCCGCCCUCUCCGCCGCUCGUCUGCCCGUGCCUCACCGCCUACCCGGCCGGCGUCAACCUCGUGAGCGCCGAGGUGCAUGUCGUCGCGGCGGACGGCGUGAGCCUCGCGUACCCCGGCACGUACUGCCUCCACGGGUGCGACCCGCACGACAGCAGGCUCGAGCCGUCCUGCGACUUCGACCUGCUACCCCGGCUGCAACGAGUUCGAGAGCUGGUUCUACCAGCCGCCGAUGCCGCCGCCACCGCCGCCGCCGCCGCCCUUGCCGCCGCCCUCUCCUCCGCCGCCCUCGCGUCGCCGUCGCCGCCGCCCUCGCCGCCGCUCGUCUGCCCGUGCCUCACCGCCUACCCGGCCGGCGUCAGCCUCGUGAGCGGCGAGGUGCAUGUCGUCGCGGCGGACGGCGUGAGCCUCGCGUACCCCGGCACGUACUGCCUCCACUGGCUCACCGACUUUGUCCCCCGUGCGAAUCAAAUGUCAGAGAACGAGACAGUGAAGGUCGGCAUUUUGCCGGCCGAAGACGGCAAGCCGAGCGCGAGCGCCGUUUUCUGGUCCAAGUUUUCGCGCCCGACCGACCCGACGACGGACCCCAACGGCGUCACCACAAACGCGCCAGCUCUCAAGCCGGUCACCGAAGACGCGUCGGCUCUCGAGCCGGGCGACGCCGACUGGGCUGUCUCGGCCAAGGAGGUGCCAGGGAAGAAGCCCGUCACGGCGCCGAUCGCCUCGUACGCUGCGGGCAUCUUCGACUGGACCACCCCGUCGAACCCGCGCCGCACGAACGGGCGCAAGGGCGCAUCCGCCCCGAUCUGCCACGUCAAGAACAACUCCCCGGUCGGCUGCAAGAACGGGUUCGGGGCCCUGCUCGGAACGGACGGCAAGGAGGGCACCCUCGGUGGCACCGGCAAGGGCGUGACGGCCAACGUCGAGACGACCACGAUUACCACGCCGGAGGGCUCCGUCUCUGCCUCCGGCUGGUUCUCUUGGCCCAAGUUCUGCCCGUCCUACUUGCUCCGCCUCUUUGGCAUCCUCGCGCUGCUCUGCCUCGGAACCGCGUUUGCGCUCUCCUCGUACUCUGCCACCUCCGCGCUUCUCUCCUCGCAGUGGCACGAGUCCCCGACUUCCUUUCCCGCAGUCAAAACGCCGUUCACGCCGGCAUCGCUUAACGGCUUCUGCGAGGUUGGCGGCGACGACACCAGCUCGUAUGCAGCCAUCGUGUCGACGGACAGCGCGCCCGCCGACCACCCGGUGCGUGCUCGCUCGCGCUUGCUAGUACCGCGCCAGCUCGUGACCAACAGCCCGCGCGCUGUUCAGGGCGGGCACGAGGAGGGGCGCUUGUGGGAAGCACUGAUGGACGAGAUCGACGAGGCAGUGGGCGAGCCGUUGCGCGUGCUUGGCGAGCCGCCGGCGUCCGUCAAGGACGUUUACGAGAAGCAGCCGGGCGAGGCCGACUUGGAGACCGUCCUCGCCUCGCGCAACAGCACGGAGCGCAAGGGCGAGCCCGAGAUUGACUUUGUCGGUCCCAUCUACAGCAACAGGACGGGGAUCAUCGCUCGGGGGCGCGACACCGUCCUGUCCGUGAACGACACAUCGCCCGAGUUGCGGCCCGCCGACGCUCGGAAGCUUGGGAUGCUGGAGAUGCGGAAGCUGGUUGAGACUGGCCUCGGCGCGCCCGUCUGUAGCAUGCACGCCGGCGGCGGGUGGCGGGCGAACGACGGAUUGGCGAACGAUUCUCGAGUCCCAACCAAGGAUCUCUUCCUCCAGCGUGGCUGGGCCAUCGACCCUCUUCUCGCGGCCACGCUUGAGGAGGUGGCGUGGCCUGCAGAGGUCCGCACCGCUCAGCUCGCCGACUCGAACGCGCUCGAGUCCGAUCUCUUCUCGGUCUCAAGUGUGUGCGCCGACUGGCAGCCACGCUGUGCCGCCCCUGCGUGGCACGCGGAGCCUCGCCACGCGCUCACCGACGAGCCCGCCUCCCCGUUCCACUUUCCCUUCACGAGCGGACCUUCCUCUUCCGCGCCUGGCCGCGCCCGACAGCGCGGUCAGCUUUGGGCCGCCUUGCUGCUCGGAGCGUGCUGCGGUGUGCUGCUCUCGGUGCGGCGGAGCACCUCCGGGCGCCUCGUGCGGUGCCGGACGGGGGCGAGGCGUGGCGCGUGGCUGCUGAUUCUCGCCGCGCUGCUCCCGCUGGCAUGUGCACCAUCAGCCUACACGUCUGGCUCGGGCGAGUCUGGCUCUGGGGAGAUUGGCUCUGGCGAGGUUGACAUCGAUCCGUCGCCAUCUCCCGAGCCGUCGCCAGCUCCAUCGCCCGAGCCGUCACCGUUUCCCGAAUUUCCCGAGCCGUCGCCCGAGCCUGAGCCGUCGCCGUCUCCCGAAUUUCCCGAGCCGUCGCCCGAGCCUGAGCCGUCGCCGUCUCCCGAAUUUCCCGAGCCGUCGCCGCCGCCGUACCCUCCGGCCAAGGCGCCGGUCCCGCCGCCGCCGCCGCCGUCCCUUCCGCCGCCGUCCCCGCCGCCGUCGCCGCCGCCGCCGUCCGCGUCGGGCGAGACUGGCUCUGGGGAGAUUGGCUCUGGCGAGGUUGACUCACCGCCGUCCGCUCCAUCAAUCGACUUCCAGGUCACUGUGGGUGGCGGCAGCUACCCGUCCGAGGUGUCGUGGGACCUGACGUGCAGCGGCGCGUUGAUCGGCAGUGGAGGGGCCCCCUACUUUGGCACCCUGUCCGCGCCGCCCGGCGAGUGCACGCUCAACAUGUACGACUCGUGGGGCGACGGCUGGAACGGCGACGAGUGGGAGGGUGCGGGCUAUACGUUCACGCUCGACUCCGGAUCCUCCAGCAGCGAGACGUUCACCCUCGCCCCCCUCCCCCCGUCCUCUCCGUCGCCGCCGUCGCUGCCGCCGCCGGCGCCGCCAAUCGACUUCCAGGUCACUGUGGGUGGCGGCGACGGGCAGUCCGAGGUGUUGUGGACCCUGACGUGCAGCGGCGCGUUGAUCGGCAGUGGAGGGGCUCCCUAUUCUGGCACCCUGUCCGCGCCGCCCGGCGAGUGCACGCUCGACAUGUACGACUGGUACAGCGACGGCUGGAGCGGCAACCUGUGGGAGGGUGCGGGCUAUACGUUCACGCUCGACUCCGGAUCCUCCGGCAGCGAGACGUUCACCCUCGCCCCCCUCAGCACCGCCUCAGCACCGCCUCCCUCAGCACCGCCAGUUUCACCGUCGCAGAAUGCAUGUGGUGCGUGCGCCGCAUGCAAGUGCUUCGCGUGCGUCGGUGGGAUCCCUCCGAGGUGCUAUCCCUACGAUCCUACCGGGGAGGAAGGGCCACCGAACGCUGAGGCGUGCAUUGAUGUUUCUGGCAUUGAUUGCUCUCCGCCGCCGCCGCCGUCCUUGCCAUCUCCACCCUCUCCGCCCCCGUCACCGCUGUCCGCUCCAUCACCGCCGUCCGCUCCAUCAAUCGACUUCCAGGUCACUGUGGGUGGCGGCAUCUUUGAGUCCGAUGUGUCGUGGACCCUGACGUGCAGCGGCGCGUUAAUCGGCAGUGGAGGGUCCCCCUACUCUGGCACUCUGUCCGCGCCGCCCGGCGAGUGCACGCUCGACAUGUACGACUCGUACGGCGACGGCUGGACCGGCAACUUGUGGGAGGGUGCGGGCUAUACGUUCACGCUCGACUCCGGAUCCUCCGGCAGCGAGACGUUCACCCUCGCCCCCCUCCCCCCGUCCUCUCCGCCGCCGCCGUCGCUGCCGCCGCCGCCGCCGUCGCUGCCUCCGUCACCGCCGUCCUCUCCGCCGCCGCCGCUUCUGUCGCCUCCGCCGCCGCUGCCUCCCCUCGUCGAGCUCGACUUGAGCAGUGCUUCUACUUCACAAAGUUCCACCGAUCAUGGCGGUGUUGCUUCCCGAGCGGUUGCCUCGUCGAACCCAAGCAGCAGCUGGUCCGACGGAACGUGCACUCACACAGCUACCUCGCCUGACCCAUGGUGGCGCGUGACGUUCCCAUCCACCUACACGGUGGUCGCUGUCCGCGUGUUGAAUCGCGGCGAUUGCUGCUCGGACCGUCUGAAUGGGUUCACCGUCAAGGUAUCGUCGUCGACUUGUGCCAACGAUGUGCAGAUUGGCCCUGGAGAGAACAAGCUCGUCACUUGCGACGCAGCGGGCCCGAGCGGCGACCACACCACCGGCUCGGGCUACUACCUCUACACCGAGGCCAGUAGUCGCUACAACAAGCUGCACCGGCUCGAGAGCCCGCUCUUCGCGCUCCAGCGGGACGCCACCCUCUCCUUCGCCUACCACAUGUACGACGGUAAUGGCUAUAAUACCAUGGGCACCAUCUCCUUCGAGGCUUACGACGACGAGACGGGCUGGACGACGCUCUGGAGUCGGACUGGCAACCAGGGCAAUAGCUGGCUCGACGCGGCGGUGAUCCUACCCGCCUCGGCGACGAAAGUGCGCUUCAACGGCUUGACGGGAAAUGGCUGGAGCUCGGACAUGGCGCUGGACGACGUCUCCUUCUCGCUUGCGCCGCCGUCGCCGCCGCUGCCCCCGCCUCUGCCGCCGCUCUCCCCGGACUUUGUCGCCGCGGCGAGCGAGGCCGAGCUCCGCAACCUGAUCGAGGACGCUACUUCUACUGCGGCCGACGUCUCCAUCUACCUGCCGCCCAGCGACGUCGAGAUCAUCGAGUCGACCGUGCGGGACUGCCAUGCUAACAUGGAGGGCGGCGUCGUCUACGCGAGGAGCAGCGAGUUGCUCUCCAUCGCGAGUGUCGACUUCAUCAACAGCAGAGCGGGUUACUCAGGCUCGGUGCUGUACCUGCAAGACAUCGAACAAACCUCCAUCAGCGACGCCUCCUUCACCGGCAACGACGGCUGGACGGACAACUUGGCCAACGUGAUCUCCAUCGACUGGUCUGGCUUUUUCCUGCCGGAGCAGUGCCUCGGCUACGCUCUGCGGCUCCUCGCCAUCGCCCUCUCCCCCGUCGCCCUCAUCGCCCUGCUGAUGGUUGCGGGAAUAAGUCUGCGGCUCCACGGCUGGCGUGCUGCCCCGCCGCCGCGCGAGAGAGCGUGGUACGCGGAGGCGGCCCUCGGCCUCCUCGACCUCACGCCGGCCGGUUUGGCCUACACCAUCUCUCCGCCAAACGAGCCCCUGCGGCAGGUCUCCUACAUGCGGCAGGACGCGAGCGUCGAGUGCGGCUCCGACGAUCACGGACCCAUCACCGGCCUCGCCAUCGGCUUCAUCGCCCUCUGGCCCGCCGGCUCGCUGGUCCUCUUCACGUCGCUCCUCGCCGCUUGCUACAAGCCGCUGCAGUCCAAGACGCCGAAUGCUCUGACGCGGGCCACCGCCUUCCUGCACCGGGAGUACAAGAAGACCUGGUACUGGUGGGAGGCGGUCGAGCUGGCGCGCAAGCUCGUGCUCACGGGCUUCGUGCUGCUGAUACCGGAGGAGCGAGCCUUUGUUCGCCUCGUGGUGGCGACCCUAAUCUGCUCAUGCUACGCCGUCGCGCUCGCCGUCGUGCGGCCGUACAAGCGGGUCGAGGACAACGUGCUCGCCGUCGCCACCAGCCUCGUGCUCCUCCUCCUCUUCCUCGGCACCAACUGGAGCACCAUCUUCCUCGGCAUCCAGGAGCGCUCCGGGAUCGAUGAUGCCAAUGCAGUCCUCGGCUUCCGCAGCCUCAAUGUGAUUGUCGACUCGAUGAUCAUCCUCGUUGCAGUCGUGCUCGCCUUCUUCCUCGUCGGCGCCAUCGUCGCCGCCCGCCGCGUCGCCAAGGUCCCCACGAUCCGCCUCGUCUCGACCAAGCAGCCCCCCGAGAUGAGCAUCGUGAGGGGCCUCACGUGGCACCUCUUCAACAGCCACAUCUGGUCGACCGGUCAAGACGCCGUCAAGGUCAUCAAGGGUGAGCUCCAGCAGCUGCUGCCGGACAUCAAAAACUGCCUCCGAGAGAUUCGCUCGUCGCUCGAGAAGGACAAGCCGCUCGUCCUCGUCCAAGAAGCGGACCCUGAAAAGGGCGGCGGGACGCUCCAGGCGCUGCGCGACGAGUGCCCCGAGGACCUACAGCCGGCCAUCUUUGACAACGACUGGCCGCUCACGAUUUGGUAUCGCAUCGAUGAGUUUCAGCUCAUCUCCCUCAAGAUCAUCGCCGAGGCGCCGCCGGCCACAACCAGCUCCGCGGUGCUCCUCUGCUCGCCCAACUUUCUGGACAGGACGUCCCUUCCGCUCUGCGUGUCGGGUGAGCUCGAGAGCCAGUCGCUCGCCUUUUCCAAACCGUGCACGCUCUGGGCCUCUCCUGCCAACGCGGGGUCGCUGACGCUGGCCAACGAGAUCGCCGCCGCCGUUGCCGGUCUCAAGAUCUCCACCACCGAUGAUCGGCCGGCCAGUGCGACGCACAUGCUUCUCUACCUCAACGAGGACAGCUUCGUCAGCGACGAGCGGCUGGCCGAGCAGGUCAAGCAGGCGCGGGAGGACAAGCUGAAGAUCGUCAUCGCGCACGAGAAUGACCCGGACCUCGGCGGCUGCCAGUUCUCGAGGUUUUUCGAAGAGCUCAUCGCUGGCGGACUCUACAAGGACCUGGCAAAAUCCUGCUUCCCCGGCCGCCACCGCAAGGCGCGCGCCGUGUCGCUCGUGCUUCUGGCAAAGAGCCUAGGCGCGACCCCCGCUCGGUCGCGGGCGGACCUCCUCGUUUCGGGCAGCGUCGCUGAGGGCAGCAUCAGCCUCGCGAAGCGCAGCCUUGGCGGCCUCAGCCGUGUGUUCGGCAAGAUAAGCAGCCGCAGCUCUGCGGAGGAUCCGCCGCGCGACGGCGCUGGUGUCGAGGCGUCGUCAUCGGCAUCGGUGCCGGUGCAGCAGCAGGUUUGA